GUGGAUUGGAGUGGUCGUAAGUGGACCAUCAUAGCCAUGGCAAGCCUGUUAGAUUUUCUACAAGUCAAUAAACAGAAGACAUUUCGACCGAAGAAGCGCUUUCCCGAGGGCACCAUGCGCUACAAUUUGCACAAGAAGGCUCAGGCGACGCUCCAUUCCGGCGUUGACCUUCGAACGGCCGUACGACUACCUGUGAAGGAGAACCUCGAUGAUUGGAUCGCUGUACACACUGUGGACUUCUUCAAUCGCAUCAAUUUGAUGUAUGGUACCAUUGCUGAUGUGUGCACAAAGGAAUCUUGUCCAACUAUGUCCGGUGGAUUAAAAUACGAAUAUCUAUGGCAAGAUGGCGGUGACUAUAAGAAGCCAACUCGUCUACCAGCACCCGAAUACAUGGUGUUGUUAAUGGAUUGGAUUGAAAUUCGGAUCAAUGACGAAGCGAUUUUUCCUACUUGCACAAGUGUGCCAUUUCCAAGAGACUUUCGACAGAUCUGUAAGAAGAUACUCACCCGACUUUUCCGUGUUUUCGUACACGUUUACAUUCAUCAUUUUGACCGUUUAGUGGACAUAGGUGCGGAGCCACACGUUAACACAUUGUACAAACAUUUCUACUUUUUCGUGACCGAAUAUAAUUUGGUCUCAUCGAAAGAGCUGGAAGCGCUGGUGGGUUAUUGUUAUUAA